AUGGUGGCCACUCUCCAAAUUGUUAUAAAAUUAGAACAUUAUGUUACAUUUAAUACAGUAAUUUAUGGCAGCAUGUCUUCCUAUUUAUAUCUUGUUUCAUGCAGUUUGACUUGCAAAGCAGAUGGGGAAUUAAUUUCAAAAUUUGGACUAGCUCUUCAGAAUGCACAUUACCAGGCAAGCAGAUUUACAUGUACAGUGUGCUGCAUUCAAAGAUUACACUAUACCGUAAUUAAGGAGAAUUCAAUGCAACUUUGUCAUCCUCAGAACUCAAAUGCUUACACAGCAAGGACAAAAUUACCCAAAUUUUUUUCGAAAAUAAAAUGGACUUUCACUUUGCAAAACGAAGCAUUGCACUCACCACUACUGCUCGGGAUAUGCGCAAUUGAAGUUCCUGGGGAUGAUCAGGGAAAAAUGGUGGCCAUUGUUGAAAUGAGAAAUGUCAAUGCACUAUCUGAAGUAAUAGUCAGUGAAUCCUUAGCCACUGCUGAAGGCUUACCUAUAGAAGACAAGUUGGGAUUCAGAGGAGCGCUUGUUCAUCUACUUGGUUCGUACAUGAUUAUGAUCAUGACAUUUGCAUCAUUAGAUUUUUUCGGAGAUGAAACUCCGUAUCUUCACUUUCCAUAG